AUGGUGAGAAAAGCAAAACUUGUGGGAGUACUCCUCAUAACGGUACUACUCCAUGUUUUGUUCCUUUCAAUUUGUGUUUCUAGUGAAAACCAGCCCUGCAGGCCCUCUUCUUGUGGGCAUAUCCGAAACAUCAGCAACCCUUUCCGAUUAAAAGGUGGUCCAUCUCGAUGUGGUGAUCCUGAUCCUGCAUAUGAACUGGUUUGUGAAAACAACCGUACUAUCUUAUAUGGGAAAUACUAUGUCACGGAGAUCAACUACGAUAACUACACCAUUAGAGUAGUAGUUCCGGGGCUAGAGAAGGGCAACUGUUUCUCCACUCCUCCCUAUUCCUUGGCAGUAUAUGAUGUACAUCCAUAUGAACUUUUUUAUGGGCACAAUGCUAUAGUUUUGAUGAACUGCACCAGGCCAGUGAUCAGUGAUCGCAACUAUAUUCCUAUUACUCUUUGCAACACAAGCACCAAUGGUUCUUCCUUUUCUUCACAAUCGUAUGCUUAUGCUCUAGUUGGAGACUCCAAGAAGGUGAGAGAUCUUCCCUAUUCAUGCACCUUCGGCAUAACUGUUAUUACUGAUAAAUUCCAGGCAGGGUCAGAGUCCCCCAUUAGUUCAAUGUCAGAUUUGCAAGAAAUGCUGCUUAUGGGGAUUAAGUUUUCAUUCCUCUGCAGCAAAUGCAAUAUACAUCUACGGUGCAUUCCAAAUAUCAGUGACCACACUGUACGAUGCGUUGGCAUAAGUGAGUUCAGUUUUAGAGAACAAAAAAAAUUGCUGGAAACCGAAAUAUGCAGUUCAGUCAAAUAA